GUUCUUUGGGCUUCAAGAUACAAGGCAUCCAAAGAGUUUUGCGUCGACUUUGAACUUCCAAAGUUCCUGAUUCUUUACCGACACACAAUCUGCAAAGAUCGACAGUAUAUUUGAGCCUGAAGAUUCGGCCCGAGGGGCUCACAACGCUGCAGUGUCUCCCUACUGGACGCAGCUUUCCACGAGUCACGGUUGGCGUGUCCUCACCGUCGGGACGUCCGGAUGUCCUCACUUCAUGAUGAAUGCUGAAAGCUGAGGUCUUGUUCCUCAACCGAGACGACAGAAGGCCAGUAAGCAUUCUAUCACGACAAUUUGAUUGACAGGACGUUGCCGCGAGGUUGAACCUCGGACGCUAUUGACGUAACGCCAAGUUUCUAGCCUUCCCCAUCAGCCAGUGGAGCUUGUUGUAGGGCUGAAGAAGUUCCUCGUCACUGGCAGACGCACAGAGGACGCAAUGACUCUUUUUUGGAGUUGAUGGCCUGCACAAAAAAUCCAUUUGUUACCAUUCGUUACCUUUCUCAUACAUAUAUAUGUACACAGUCAGCUCUGCUGCACCCAAUACGACGGCACCUGGUGGGAAGAUCACUCACUGAUUGCUGACAUGAUGCAAGAUCGGAAAGCAGGGCAUCGGCUAUUAAGCACACACCCCGCCCCUAUAUUGUUGUUGUAUCAAAGAACCCGUCUUGGCAGUCAUCCAGAUGCAGCUGAAUAUCUCGGGCUUCAAGGCACGAAAGAUUUAUGAUUGACGUUACAUGACGAAAUUGCUGUUCUCCUAAAGACAGACAUCUGUAAUCGUCAAGCUGGUGCAAGACGGUUCAAGGUUGGGAACUUUUCGCUCGGUCUAAUUAUUGACGUGGAGUUGUAGAUCUGCGGGAAUCUGGAUCUAAGAACCGUCCCCCCUGGAGCGAUCGAUUUUAGCUUCAACUACGGAUGUUUGCAUGGGUCCGGUGGACUCGAUGGCAAAGCGCCUACUCAUGUCCUGGACAAAAUAGCAGGUACUCUUGGUAUCUUUUCAAGUGCGAUUCGGACUACUCUCCCGAAUUGACCUACUUUGCUGUGCCAGUUAUUUUGUCCACGACGUACUACUCUACAAUCCCGAUCAAGGAACCUUGCGUCAAAAAAACAUGCCCAAGCCUAUAGUCAGCUCUAGCUUGGCUCUACAUGACAAAGCCACCCGUUGAGCGAGCAAGCCGCAUCGUGCUAUCAACUGGUAUUGUUGAUAUAUGACCGGGGGAGAUCCCACCUUCCAGACACUAAUUCUCAUCACCCCUCACACAAAACGCAAUCUCUCCAUACAAUCAACCAACCUUCAGGAUGCCUACUGAUGCUCAGAUCGCCGGCGGCCACAAGGCCAACUUGAACAACCCCAACACCUCCAAGGAGUCCAAGGAUAACUCCCAAAAAAUUCUCAACAACGAGUUCAACGGUGGUGACGUCCCCAAGGCCAGCGACACCAAGGACAAGAACCCAGGCAACGUUGCCGGUGGUCUCAAGGCGACCAUGAAGAACCCUAAUGUCUCUGACGAGGCUAAGAAGUCUGCCGAGGAGCGCCUCAACAAUAUGUAAACUGCUACACGUGGGGAAGCGGGAAAUUAGUGUGUCUGAAAUCUUGUAAAAUAUAAUCCAACCUCGAGUCUCCUCCAUAUUUCAUUUGUAGCUACCGUAGCAUCCAAGCAAAACUAGCACAACAGUGAUCAAAUAUACCUGUCUUCAGGUAUUAUAUAGACCUGGAAAAAUAGCUCAUGUGACAUAUACCUUUACAGUGG